AUGUCUCAAAUCCCUCCUGAAUGGUGCUCCUAUGCAAGUCAUGCGGCAUUUGUCAGGAGUAGUAUGUGCCAACUACCCAUGAUACCCGAGGAUUGGGCAUUGCACACCACCCACAUGGCCAGUGAAUGGGUUGAUCAGCAAUUUCUGGCUCAUAUAGCUGGUAGACCAUUAGUGAACCCGCUGCUAGGCUUGGACGUCUAUAUGAUGCUUUCAUGUGGGCAACUGGCUUUGCGCAUGGCCAAAGCAUAUCAACAUCUGAUCAAAUUGGACAUUGACAUCAUCCAAUAUAACAAGGCGCUUGCAAAACAUGAAUCCGGGAUGAAUGAUGCCCAAGAAGAGGCUUUGUUGGCAAAGUUUCCCCCAGCCGAGAAGAUCAUGUUAGACAGUCCUUCAGUGGUGAUUGAUGCUGGCUAUAGGAUUAUCCUCUGGUACAUUCCAGAUGGGCUGAGUCCUUGGGUGCAAAAUGAUAUGUAUGCGGCCACCCUCUCCAUGGGGGAUCUUCUCAAGAAGAGCAUCACCAAUCAGAAAGGGAGCACCCCUUGUUGGUUCCAGCAAGGCCACAAGUGCUAUGGACCCCCUCCCGACAAUCUGGAUGAUGGGUUCAAACCUGAAGUCUCCCUCACCCUCAAGGGUGAAAGGAGUCUAUCUAUGAUCAUGGAUAUGCAAAGGCCCACUCUGCUUGUGUCUGUUGCAUUGCAGGUCAUGCACCCUCAGCUCUAUUGGGCUUCAGUGUCAUAUCCCACAAUCCGGACCCACAUUCCAUCAUAUUCCCACGCCUUCCGAGCCUACAUCUGGACCCCACUUCAUAUCCAGCUCAUUCCCAGAUCCCCUUCCGCUGUGCUCCACACCUCAGCAGGAUUGACUAUGCUCCGGAUUUACCCCUGA